AAACAGAAGUGAGACAAAACUAAUCAGACUAUCAGGCUGAUUUUUAAGUGAUAGUGUCUAAGAUGAUAGGAUGGCCGUAGGCGGUCUACCUCGGUUUUAGCACUGGCCACCCUUUAGUUGAGGUUUUGUGGCACCGGGGAUGUUUUUCUUCUUAAUUGUUUUGAUGAGGCAUUUCCGCCAUGCUUUGGCUUGAAUUUGUUGCGUAGUUCUGCUUCCUCUGACAUCUGACAACUGCAAAGGGGGCCUGUCCCUGUCCACAGAGGGAGGUGUUUCUAUCUGUCUACUUCUUUGCAUUCUCUCUCAUUCGCUUCACUUACAUCACCGAUGCUGUGGGGGAAAGUACACUACACCUCUCCACCUGGACACCUGCUGAGGAAGCCGCAGCACGCUCACACGUCGAUACACCUUUUUUAUUUACCGUCCACACAAAAAGCGCCUAGCAGCACAGGAAGCACAAGUCAGCCUGAGGUUUUUCAGCAGCCGGAGCUAAAGGGAAGGCACAGAGCCAGAACCUGUCAGCAUUUCACACUCUCUCUUCUGCACUUCAUUCCUGGUCUCACUUCACCCAUCUGUUAGCACCUCUCACCUGCCUCCAGUGCGUUUCUUUAUAACAGUGGACUGUAGUAGGCGUGCAACCUUCUGAGCUAUGUCUGGAUCUGGCCGGCAGUGUGACAGGGUGGACACCAUCAAUGUCAAGCAUGUGGCCCAGCUGAGGAGGCUGAUUUGCCUGUUGAUGGUGUGGGCCUUCUUUCUGACUCUGGGCAUAGUUGUCUCCAUCCUUCUACACUUCAUCCUUACUAGAGAUCCUCCUGACAAAGAGAUUGAAAUUGUGACAUCGAAACCCCCUCCAACGGUCCCAUCUACUCUACCAUACAGUUUUAAUUUUGAAUUCGAGAAUGGAAGUCAGUUUAGAGAACUGAGGUGGAAAGAUGAAAAACAUGAGAGUAAUAAGAGAGUGGAAUUGACGGAGGAUGGCAUAUAUUUCUUCUACCUACAAGUGACCCUGCAGUCCCGGGAUCCAAGUGUGAAUUAUACAGUCCUAGUGGAGGUAUUUGAUACAAAGGAAAAUGUAUAUAAAGAAAUACUCUUAACAGGACAUAUCAAUGGAUCACAACUCUCUACUGGAUUUAUGGGUAAGGCAUUCCACUCACCGAGUAAAAGGAGUCUAAAGGUUGUAUACAAACCAAAGGCAACUCUGGACGGGGACAACACUUAUGUGGGCAUAAUAAAACUCAGCUGAAGUUUGAUGGAGAUGAUGUAGAGGGAGUUUGUAAUGUUACAUGAGUGAGACUCAUUGUAAAAGAGUAAUGUUACAGGAUCAUUUCUGUCUGGAAAACUGAGUUUAUAAUAAUAUGGACACAAUUAUUCACUGUUUUAUUACUUCACAAAAAUGUAUAUUUUUUAUCAGAAAGGAAAGUGGUUUAUAUUGCACUUCACUUUAUUACGGGUUUCACCAAGUAUGUUGAAGUGGCCGGGUCAUUCCUCAGAACACACAGCACACUACCCACUAUUGGUUAUAAUCAGUGUUGUGCGUGAACGAGUUCAAAAGAACGCGCUCAUUGAACACGCUCAUUGUUUCGUGAACGCUGAACUGAACGCAACACAUUUUUAAAUAAAGAAUUUGAACGUGAAUUAGUUCACAGUAUGUGUCAUAAACGGCAGACAUCCCUGUAAAUGAACGUUGGCUAGAGAGCGCGGAGCGUGAGGGCGAGAGAGAGAGGGAGCGCGGGAGAGAGAGAGAGAGCGGAGCGCAAGAGUGAGAGAGAGAGAGACCAAUGACGUGAGAGAGAGAGAGAGAGAGAGAGAGAGAGAGAGAGAAAGAGAGAGAAACCAAUGACGAGAGAGAGAGAGAGAGAGAGAGAAAGAGAGAGAGACCAAUGACUAGAGAGAGAGAGAGAGACCAAUGAUGAGAGUGAGAGAGAGAGAAAGAGAGAGAAACCAAUGACGAGAGAGAGAGAGAGAGAGAGAGACCAAUGACGAGAGUGAGAGAGAGAGAGAGAGAGAGAGAGAGAGAGAGAGAGAGAGAGAGAGCUCGGAGCGCGAGGGUGAGAGAGAGAGAGAUAGAACGCGGAGUGCAAGAGUGAGAGAGAGAGAAAGAGAGAGAGAGAGACCAAUGACGAGAGUGAGAGAGAGAGACCAAUGACGAGAGUGAGAGAGAGAGAGACCAAUGAUGAGAGUGAGAGAGAGAGAGAAAGAGAGAGACCAAUGAUGAGAGUGAGAGAAAGAGAGAAAGAGAGAGAGAGAGAGACCAAUGACGAGAGUGAGAGAGACAGAGAGACCAAUGACGAGAGUGAGAGAGAGAGAGAGAGACCAAUGAUGAGAGUGAGAGAGGGAGAGAGAGCGCUGCAAUUAAAAAAAAAAAUGUCUAGUGGAAGUGAUGCACGGAGACAGACACUGAUUCUCCUUAUGAACAUUUUCAUCACCUGGUAAGAAACCCACAGUGACAGCGCAGUUUAAUGAGCAAAUGUCUACAAUGAGCAGUUUUAAAGAACGUAUAGUGAUUUCUAGCUUGUAGUGUGAAAAAAAAAAGUAUUUAUUUGAAUAUCUCACGAAAAAAGUAAAAUGAACUGAACUUUGAACCAGUUCAAAAUGAAAAUUGUGAACUUUGAACGUGAACUGUUCACUUUGAGCACGUAUGAACUGAACUUUAAACCAGUUCAGAAAAGCUGUGAACUGGCACAACACUGGUUAUAAUUUGUAGUGUUAUAGAAAUCUAUAAUAGAGUGGUUGCUUACAACAAAUAACAUUAAAAAAACUAUAUUUUUUUCACAUUUAUUGUUUAUUUUAUUCUUAAAAGUCCCAAAUUAACAAAUUCAAUCUUGAUAUCAGUGACCAAUUUGUGACAUGACAUGAUAUAUUAUUCUUUCUGUUUGAUUUUAUUUGUGGUAUAGUGUGUAAAUGAUAUUUAGUGUGGAAUUUUAUAGACUCAGCUGGUCUGAAUGUGUGUGUGUGUAUUUAUAUUAUAUAUUUCAUUCGCAUAAAAAGUACUUGCCCACUUACAGAUUUCUUUUGUUUUUGCUUUUUUUUCUAUCAAACUAAGAUUAAAAGCAGCUAAAAGAUCUUGAAAAGCAACACAUUAUGCCUUUUCAUUAUUUUCCUUUAAUAAAUAAAAUGAUUAUCCUUUUUUUUUUACUCAGGUAAAAAAACAAAAGCAAAAACAAAAGAAAUCUGUAGGGGCAAAUAUUUUUUCCACUCUGUAUAUAUAUAUAUAUAUAUAUA